AUGCGUGAGAUCCUUCACAUUCAAGGUGGGCAAUGCGGCAACCAAAUAGGAGCUAAGUUUUGGGAAGUUGUCUGUGCAGAACACGGCAUAGACUCCACCGGCCGUUACCAUGGCGACUCCCUCUCCAACUUGAAAGAAUCAAUUUGCGGUCGAUUUGUCCCUCGUGCUGUCCUCAUGGAUUUGGAGCCUGGUACUAUGGACAGCGUCAGAUCUGGCGCUUAUGGUCAGAUCUUCAGACCUGACAACUUCGUUUUCGGCCAAUCUGGUGCUGGAAACAACUGGGCUAAAGGCCAUUACACUGAAGGCGCUGAACUCAUCGAUUCGGUCCUCGAUGUUGUUCGAAAAGAAGCCGAGAACUGUGACUGCUUGCAAGGGUUUCAAGUGUGUCAUUCACUUGGAGGUGGAACUGGGUCCGGAAUGGGAACGCUUUUGAUCUCAAAGAUUAGAGAAGAGUACCCAGAUAGAAUGAUGUUGACGUUCUCUGUGUUUCCUUCUCCAAAGGUGUCUGAUACAGUUGUGGAGCCUUACAAUGCUACCUUGUCUGUUCAUCAACUUGUUGAGAAUGCUGAUGAGUGUAUGGUUCUUGAUAACGAGGCCUUGUACGAUAUCUGUUUCAGGACUCUCAAACUCACCACUCCUAGCUUUGGUGACUUGAAUCAUCUGAUAUCUGCAACUAUGUCUGGGGUUACAUGCUGCUUGAGGUUCCCUGGUCAGUUAAACUCUGACCUGAGAAAACUUGCAGUGAACUUGAUACCGUUCCCUCGUCUUCACUUUUUCAUGGUGGGUUUUGCACCACUCACUUCCCGUGGCUCACAGCAGUACAGAGCUUUGACAGUUCCUGAACUCACUCAACAAAUGUGGGAUGCAAAGAACAUGAUGUGUGCAGCUGACCCGCGACAUGGUCGCUAUCUAACAGCAUCAGCCAUGUUCCGUGGUAAGAUGAGUACCAAGGAAGUAGAUGAGCAAAUGUUGCAUGUGCAGAACAAGAACUCUUCCUACUUUGUUGAGUGGAUUCCAAACAAUGUGAAGUCAACUGUGUGUGAUAUCCCACCCACUGGUCUUAGCAUGGCAUCCACAUUUAUUGGCAAUUCGACAUCGAUACAAGAGAUGUUUAGGAGAGUUAGUGAGCAAUUUACUGCCAUGUUUAGGAGGAAGGCUUUCUUGCAUUGGUAUACAGGGGAAGGAAUGGAUGAGAUGGAGUUCACUGAGGCUGAGAGUAACAUGAAUGAUCUGGUUUCAGAGUAUCAGCAAUACCAAGAUGCAACAGCUGAUGAGGAAGGGGAAUAUGAGGACGAGGAAGAAGGAGAUUAUCAGGACGAUUAUCAGUAG